AUACUGACCUUUAUGUUUGUGGUUAGUGACAGCGAACAUUCUAUACAUCUUAAAUAGUAGAAAUGUAAAGAAGCCGAAAGCAUAUAAGCAUAAAAAGAUAAGUUGAAGCGCCGUGAAUAAGUGUCUGUCGGAUAAAAGAAGAUGAGAAGACGCGAAUCAAAUCAUAAUGGCAUUGUUAUACAAAUUUUACUUAUUCUCAGCAUAGUCGUUGGUCUGACAAUGACUUCUCUUGGAGCUGUAUUUCGUGUAUACGUAUGUCAUUGGGUGGCAAAAGUUCUCUUUGCCUGUUGGAUAGGAGUUUUUGUCGUUGCCACAGCAGCUAUUGGUCUGUGUACUCGUAUCUCUCAAGAAUAUGGUCCGCGUUAUGGCCCGGUCUUAUAUUUUACGUUUUCUGUCGUCAAUUUUAUUCUGUGUUUUGUGAUGGUCGCCUGCCUUUGUUUCUCGAUGAAAGAUUUUGACCGCGAUAAGUGGUUUAGACCUGGAGCACCAUUUCUUGUUGUCGACCCAGAUCAUUGUGUCGUAGAACGUUAUUCAUACGAUUAUUACUACACAAAAGUAAUUCAGAAACAUGGUCGAAUGGGCCUGCGAUACGGAUCAGUUUUGAUUGCUAUAGGCUGCCUCGAAAUGUGCCUCACGUUGUUAAAGUGUCUGUUUAUCGGUCAAUUGAGAGGCUACUUUGGUGCUACGGAUAAGCAACGUCGAGAAAUGAUGCAUCUAGAAGGAAGAAAAGGAAAUGCUCAAGCCGUUUAGCUUAGUCAUUGACCGGCUUGCAUUUUGGCUGUAGAUGAUUUCUUUCUUGGAUUGUGAUAUUUUACUGUUCUUUUCUAUCUUUGUAUAAUAAUGUUCGCAGAAUAAAUAGAUUGAUGAAGUUUUUUCUCUGCACGUAAGAUAUUUAAAACGUGCUCACAAAAAGUUAAACAUUUUCAUUAUCUUGUGGGUGGUCAAAAGUUGCGUUCAAUUUGCAAAUUGUCGUUAUCUCGUCAGUUUGUAUUUGUUGAAGUAUAUAUGAACAAUCAUCUACAUGUUUUAUUUGAAAUUGUAUUAAUAGCGUACUUAAAACUUAUUAUGUUAAGAAUAAAUAUAACCACGCAUUUUCAUUUCUCAAAA